AACUUAGUCCCAACAACUCUUAUACUCAAGCUCAAGCUAAACCUGACUCACAACCUACAAUUCUAAAAGAAAAAGACUCUACUCCUUUAACAGAAAUAGUUAUUGAAGAAGAAAACUUUUCAAAACAAAAUCAUUCUGCUGAAAAAGCAAAAGAUAAUUCCUCAGAUUUGAAUCAAAAAACAAAUACCUUACCUUCUAAUUCAGAAUCUUUAGAACCAGAAAGUGAACCUGUAACAACUGAUACACAGAAGAACAGAAAAAGAAAAAAUAAGAAAGAAAUACAAGAAAAUAAUACUAUAAUAACAGAGGCAGCUACUACUAGACUUGGCUUCUCCUCUUAUUAG